GUGCUAACAAGCAGUGAACAACCAAAAGGACAGUCAUAGGUGAGGAGAGGCCAUGGAAUAUCCACCAACCAGAUAAUCACCGCUGGAAUAAUUGGGAAGUGUCUGAAUGUAGACUGCGGAAGUCCUGAAGAUUGAUGGAGGGCCAUGCUAUUCAAACAGCAGGCGUGGCUGACACAGAAGCUCCUCGUGCUGGGAAGCCUUGCUGUUGGGAGUCUCCUGUAUCUAGUUGCCAGAGUUGGGAGCUUGGAUAGGCUACAGCCCAUCUGUCCCAUUGAAGGCCGAUUUGGAGCCCGCAAUCAGGCCGAUUUCCCCCUCCGCGCCCUACAGUUCAAGCGUGGGCUGCUGCACGAGUUCCGGAAAGGCAACGCUUCUAAAGAACAGGUUCGCCUCCAUGAUCUGGUCCAGCAGCUCCCCAAGGCCAUUAUCAUUGGGGUGAGGAAAGGAGGCACAAGAGCACUGCUUGAGAUGCUGAACCUCCAUCCAGCAGUGGUCAAAGCAUCCCAAGAAAUCCACUUUUUUGACAAUGAUGAGAAUUAUGCCAAGGGCAUUGAGUGGUAUAGGAAAAAGAUGCCUUUUUCCUACCCUCAGCAAAUCACAAUUGAAAAGAGUCCAGCAUAUUUUAUCACGGAGGAGGUUCCUGAAAGGAUUUACAAAAUGAACUCAUCCAUCAAGCUGUUGAUCAUUGUCAGGGAGCCAACCACAAGAGCUAUUUCCGAUUACACUCAGGUGCUUGAGGGGAAGGAGAGGAAGAACAAAACUUAUUACAAGUUUGAGAAGCUGGCAAUAGACCCUAAUACCUGUGAAGUGAACACAAAAUAUAAGGCAGUAAGAACCAGCAUCUACACCAAACAUUUGGAAAGGUGGCUAAAAUAUUUCCCAAUUGAGCAAUUUCACAUUGUUGAUGGAGAUCGCCUCAUCACAGAACCUUUGCCAGAACUUCAGCUCGUGGAGAAGUUCCUAAAUCUUCCUCCAAGGAUAAGUCAAUACAAUUUAUACUUCAAUGCUACCAGAGGAUUUUACUGCUUGCGAUUUAACAUUAUCUUUAAUAAGUGCCUGGCAGGCAGCAAGGGGCGAAUUCAUCCAGAGGUGGACCCCUCUGUCAUUACCAAAUUGCGAAAAUUCUUUCACCCUUUUAAUCAAAAAUUUUACCAGAUCACUGGGAGGACAUUGAACUGGCCCUAAAGUAAUAUGCCAUACAACACUAUGUGUUAUUCCUGGAGACAUACAAUGUCUCCUCUAGAUUAAAAUAUGCACUUUUCCUAAACACAGCUACCCAAGUCAUUUUUCCAAGUAUACUUGUACAUACACAGUGUGUGACCAAAUAUAAAAUCAGUUCUUUUUCUACUGAAAAUUUACAAAUCAAAAUUGCUCUCUGUCUAGUUGCAUCUUUUUAAGCUAUUUACAAAAAGGAGAGAUGGUGGGGUUGGGGGAGAGUGACUUCAGCUAUUCUCAAACAGUUAGUCUUCCUUUGACUCAGAAGUUGUCACCCGCCAUUUUCACAGGUUUAAGCCAAAAGAUUAAUGUGUGAAAUAUACCAAUGGCUGUGAAGCUGCAGGAAGUGGAGGAUUCAGUUAUGCAUUAUUUCUAAGGGAAAGCUGGCUCUUCAAUUCAGAUGCUGAAUUGGUACCAUGAAAACAGAAAAUACUAUUUUCUUAUUAUUUAAAGAAUGUCUUAUUUCAUAUAAUUGACAUUGUUCCAAAGUCCCUGUGAUGAUUUUGCACUAUUGUUUUCUUGUACAGACCAUGGUGUCGCUUGUAGCAUGUCAAUCACACAUUGGAAAGUCAAGUCCUUACCUUCCAUGUUGUUUGUCAACCAAGAGAAAUGUCCUGUACAUAGUGUAUAUGGUUGUAAAUACUGGUUUCACACUAAGUAAUUCUAUUUUGUAAACUGAAUAUGGCUAUUUAAUUUAUUGUGAAAAUUAAAUUUAUUGUGGCAUUUAAAAAUGGAAUGGAUUAAAAUUACUAUAUGUGCAACUUUUUUUUUUUUUUUUUUACUCAUCUUAUUUUAUGUAGCCCCCUGCUGGUCGCCAAAAUCAAAGCUAUAUACGUGCACAUGAGAACACUUGGACGUAUGGGCUUCUCCAUUGGUUUUCCACACCCUUGAGAAAAAUAAUUUAUGAAAUGAGACUGAAUAUAUUAAGAAAAGAAAUCCCAGUCAUCUGGAAAUCUAGUGUAACAGCCAUCUAAAGAACACUAGUGCCGCUCAGCUACAACUUUGUAACAACUAAUUUACUUGCGGUUGCUGCUGUGCCAAGAGAAAGACUAGAAAUACUGUAACAGAAUCAAGGCAGAGAAGAAUCACAAUUUUAUUUGAGCCUCUAAUCAGUCAGACCAGUAGAGAGAUGAAAUAAAAUAAGAUUAGAAAACUUGUGUGGUCUCUGUAUUCAAAGCUGCUGAAGCUUCAAAAUGAAUACAAGCUUCAGAGUUGUCCCUUUUAGAUGAAAGUAUAUCGGUCUGCUCAAAAAUGAUCAAAUUUCAUAGUGUUGUUAUUACAAAUAUAAACAUAUGGCUCAUAUUUUCAUCCAGAGAAAUUAAUUCUAAAUUGAGUGCCUUGCUAACAUCAGACACAUUGAAUUAUGCUUAAGUAUCAUUCAGAAAAACAUUGAAAGUAGUAGAAACAAAAACAGGAUGGAUUUUUCACAUUCAGUUUCUUACCCAGUGAAAGAUAGUUGAAGGAGUUUGAUUCGACGCCACAUCUCCAGUUCCUGUAGAAAACAGUAAGUGACAAUGAAUUCCUCUUUGAUUGUAAAAAGUGUUGGUUUUCUCCAUGUCUUGUUUCUACUGUCCAGUGAUGAUACAACUCUCUAAAUAAAUAUCCCUUCCCUCUUUGAUGUUGGUA